GUGCUCUGGGACUUCGGAUUGGCCUAGGCUCCAAUUGUUUACGAAGCCAACCUCAGGGCCCGCCGUACCGUGAGGGAUUGGCCGGCGGACCCAGACCCGCGCAGUGAUUGGAGGGUCCGGGCCUGGCGGAAGCGGGGCAGACCGGGAGGGGACCUGGAUCAUGGCUGCCGCGCCGCCGCUACGGGACCGCCUGAGCUUUCUACACCGGGUGAGUGAGGGCGGUCCGCCCGGGCCCCGGUCCACGGCUCCUCUCGAGCGCCGCAUUCCCCGGACUCGCCCCGGGCCGGAGCCAUUGACCUUGCGUCUCCACGCCGGGUAGCUGCUCCUGGCCCCUUCGCCCGCGCCGACGCCCCUGAGCUGCCCGCCCGCCGCGCCGUCCCGGGGCCUUCCAAGCCGGGCCUUCCAAGCCGGACCCGCCGAGCGCAAGGGCGAUGGGCACAGCCAGACCCUGGGGGAACGAACAGGCCUCGGCCAGCAUUCAGUGGCCUCCGACGGGAGGGAAGGAGCGGCAGACCCGGUGGACGUGGAGCCGCUGUGUCGGUGCUGCUGGCGCCCAGGUGGGCUGGCAGCCCGCCGUCCUCCCUGACGGUGGCAUUUCAGAGGACUCCGGUCCUGGAGAGGCACCCCUGGGUUGCAGAGAACACAGACAUCUCGAAGGGACAGAGAAGGACGCACCAUCAUCUCGGCCCUUCCGACUGAAAGGCUUCGGCACAUCACGCGGUGGGUCCCAUGCUUGUCCUCUUAAAUACUCUUGAACUCUAUUCUGUCCUGAUACUGAAUAAUGCAAAAAUGGGUGGUUCCAGUUUUCAUCCCUAUAAACCGUACAUCUUUGUGCCAGUAAGUAAGCAUGAAACAAAUAAGUACGUCUGCGCUAAGCGAACGUAAAACACACGACAUCAGUCGGUUCUCGGGGAGCGAUGGAGCUAGUCAGGCUGAGCAGCUGUCACUCUGCCAAUCCGGGCUCUGGGGAGGUGGAACCAUUCAUAGUCCCUGUGUGGAAAAGGGGCUUGCCUGGGCCUUGUUUGGCUUUGCUAGUCAGUAGGUAGGUACAGGAGAGGUACCUUCAAAUAGCCUUACGUGCUGGUAAGUGCAGGGAGGCUGGGGGCUGUGUCCCUUCUUAACCCAAGUGGCGCAGCUCCUCCGUGGAGAACCACCAUUGAUUUGCCUCUUCUCCGAGGCUGUUCAUCCCUGACUGUUGAGAGAGGACCCUGCUGCAGCCUCCCUGUGGCCAGUAGCACAGUUCUCAUCCCUUCCCAGUCCUCUCUCCGGCCAUGUCAACAGUGAGAGGUGGGUCGUUUCCAUCCUCUUUGGGGGGCUGCGGAUUCACCCCUGUGGGAAAUGGCACCUCAUCAUGGUAGGGGCUCUUGUUCCCUUUCAGCUCCCGAUUCUCCUGAAGGGGACGUCCGAUGAUGAUGUCCCGUGUCCGGGCUACCUGUUUGAAGAGAUUGCUAAAAUCUCCCACGAGUCUCCGGGCAGCAGCCAGUGCCUGCUGGAGUACCUCCUGAGCCGCCUGCACAGCAGCUCCGGCCACGGGAAGCUCAAGGUGCUGAAGAUCCUGCUCUAUCUGUGCAGCCACGGCUCCUCCUUCUUCCUGCUCAUCCUCAAACGCAACUCUGCCUUCAUCCAGGAAGCUGCAGCUUUUGCGGGGCCCCCAGAUCCUCUGCACGGGAACAGCUUGUACCAGAAGGUUCGCGCGGCCGCGCAGGACUUGGGGAGCACCCUGUUCUCGGACACCGUGUUGCCGCUGGCUCCCUCCCAGCCUCUGGGGACCCCGCCUGCCACAGGCAUGGGCUCCCAGGCCAGGCCGCACAGCACCCUCCAGGGUUUCGGCUACAGCAAGGAACACGGCUGCACGGGCUCGGCAGGCGAAGCCUUCCUCUCCACCAUCCAGAAGGCCGCAGAGGUGGUGGCCAGCGCCAUGCGCCCCGGGCCCGAGAGUCCCAGUACCCAGAGGCUCCUGCCGCGGGGUGACACCUACCAGCCUGCCAUGAUGCCUUCAGCCAGCCACGGUCCCCCAACCCUGGGGAACCUACUCCCCGGGGCCAUUCCAGGUCCCCGAGCUGUGAGGCAUCAGCCUGGGCAGGCCGGAGGGGGCUGGGAUGAGCUGGACAGCGGCCCCAGCUCUCAGAAUUCCUCCCAGAACAGCGACCUGAGCAGGGUCUCGGACUCGGGCAGUCAUUCCGGCAGCGACAGCCAUUCAGGGGCCAGCCAGGAGCCGGUUGACCUGGCAGAAAGGGUCGAGGUGGUGGCCCUAAGUGACUGUCAGCAGGAGUUGAGCUUGGUGAGGACUGUGACUCGGGGACCACGUGCCUUCCUGAGCCGCGAGGAGGCACAGCACUUCAUCAAAGCGUGUGGACUGCUCAACUGUGAGGCCGUGCUGCAGCUGCUGACCUGCCACCUGCGUGGGACCAGUGAAUGCACGCAGCUGAGGGCGCUGUGUGCCAUCGCCUCCCUGGGGAGCACCGACCUCCUCCCCCAGGAGCACAUCCUCCUCCGCACCCGGCCGUGGCUGCAGGAGCUCAGCAUGGGCAGCCGGGGACCUGUGACCAACAAGGCCACCAAGAUCCUGAGGCACUUUGAGGCCUCCUGUGGGCAGCUGUCCCCUGCCCGGGGCACCUCAGCUGAGCCUGGCCCCACAGCCGCCCUCCCAGGCCCAUCUGACCUGCUGACCGAUGCUGUGCCUCUUGCUGGGAGCCAGGUUUUCCUGCAGCCUCUGAGUUCAACCGCAGUCUCGUCCCGGAGCCCUGCUCCCUCAUCUGGGAUGCCGUCCAGCCCUGUGCCCACCCCACCCCCAGAUGCCUCCCCCAUUCCAGCCCCCGGAGACCCCAGCGAGGCCGAGGCCAGACUGGCAGAAAGCAGGGGGUGGAGACCUGAACGGAUCCCAGGGGGCACGGACAGCCCAAAGAGAGGCCCCAGCAGCUGUGCGUGGAGCCGCGACUCAUUGUUUGCUGGCAUGGAGCUGGUGGCCUGUCCCCGCCUGGUGGGGGCCGGGGCUGCUGCGGAAGAGUCCUGUCCUGAUGCUCCGCGCGCCCCCCGAACAUCGUCCCAGAGGACAGCAGCCAAAGAGCCUCCUGGCUCAGAGCCGUCAGCUUUCGCGUUCCUGAACGCCUGACCCGAUGGCCUGGCCCUGGAGUCUUCAGCUUCAGCUGCUGCCUGGGGCGGUCUGUGCUUCCUGAGCAGCCUCAACCGUAGCUGCUACAGUCUCCAGGCACCUUGACUUGAGAGGAGGACCCUAGGGCUACCUCAGUUUCCCCCAUCUCCUCUGCCAGAGGCUCUGGUUAUUUGGACUUGAAUCCCUACGAGGGAUGGCAGGUGGCAGGGCUUCAGAAAUGUCGAUCUCAGGGGGCAGUCCCUGCCUGUCUUGCCCUCAGACAUGAGGUUUCUUGUGUGAAUGCGGAAGCGACUACCAGGUUCUUCAUUUCAUUUUGAUCUCAGCUCCCUCCUUCCCCAGGAGGUCAUGAGCAGCAACAAGCCACUGCUCCCCCGUCCCAUCGGGGUGGGCUAGGUGCUGAGGCUGGGUUUGGUGCAUGUGGGUUGAGGGUGUCUUGUCCGGGCUGCCUUGUGCUGUCUGGCCUGAGGCCAUUUCAAGUCUCAGAUCCCCACGUGAUCCUUCCCUGGCUCUCACCUGCUCCUUUAGGCUGUAAUUGCUUCCUACACACGAAGCCUCUGAUUGGAGCCUCUGGUCCAUCUCAGAAAAACCUUCCGAGAGCGCUGGGGUUUAUGCUUUCUGAAUAAACACUACUGUUUACAUGAA